CAAGCAAGCUACCCAACCAUAAAUAUCCUGCAUCCAUCCAUCCCAUCUCUUCUCCAAGCUGCCACUCAAAAUGAGACCAAUUAUCUGAAUUUGCAUCUCUCUCUCUCUCCCUUGAUUUUACACAAUUCCCCAAGUCAAGAUCCGUCUCUUCUGCUGCUUUGCUUUAUAUACACCCCAUUAGUCCACUCCACCACCCCAUAGUUUGACCUUGCAAAAUAGCAGUAGCUACUAUUCAUCCAGGAAUAGGAGUUGCAGGGGAGGCAUGAGGCUGAUUGGGAGAGGAAAGAGUUCCAAGGCCAAGAAGGGCUCUUCAACUCCAUUGCAAUCCAAGGAGAAGAUUGCUGCAAAUGUGGAGACUGUUGCUGUUGGUUCCAACAACAGGCAAGUGGCACCUGAUGAUAACAUGCCCCUGGGAGAAGCUGGCUAUGCUAGCAGCAGAGAUGAGGUUUUCUUUGAAGCUUGCCCUUGGUUAGAGUCUGACUGCGAGGAUGAAUUCUACAGUAUCAAUGGAGAUGGCACCCCUGCAAGAUCAUUCAGAACGAACUCCAGCAACCAUGCGAUACAACCUGAACCUCGCAAGCUGCCCACACUGGGUGCCAUCCUGAAGGCCGAGCCGCUGAGGCCGCCACCACCACCGCAGGAGACGCAGCCAACGCCGCCGUCGCCGGCGACGACAAUGCGACUCGCCGACCUCCUCCGGGAGAGGCAAGAAUCGUUCACCUGCUACGACGGCCCUGCCUGCGCCAUCUCCCGGACGGGCUCCUCCUGCGGCGCCGGCAACGGCGAGCAGUGGAGCCAUUGCUGCAUUCCGAGCUUCGUCCCGCGUACCAGUGUGAGCUACGCGAAGGGGAGGAGGAAGCGCAGGUGAAGAAGCGAUCGAUCGAGAGAGUGUGCAAAGAAAUCAAGUGGUUUUUGGGAUGAUAAUUGUUCAGAAUGUGCAGUGUCUCAGAGAGAGUCCACCUGCUUGUGUAUUGUAACAACAACUACAGUACAACGACGUUAAUUAGCCGCCCAAAUCAAAUGUAUAUAUGUGAUGUGACAGUGAGAUACCUACCAAAAUACUCCAAAUAGGAAAGACCACCUCUUGGGUGCGAUGUCAGGCAAUCAGGCAUGAUGAUCUCGAUGCUGCUGUUGGGCUUAGUAUGCACUGGGAUCGAUUUGGUGUCACAUGGCAUGGACAGGGGUAAGAAUGUCCCAAAGUAAGAUGAGUGAUUUUAUGAUCCUCGAGGAGAACCUAAGAGGCAUAUCACAUUUUCUAUUUCUAGUCUAAAA